UAGCUAGAUAUAGAUCUUCAGUAAUAUACUACACUGUAUUGCUCUUUUUUUUUUUAAAACAGGCAGCAAUCCGAGAUCAGAGUCGAGAUCAGAUUGCAAAUAACUCCUGUUUAAGCUUCUCAUUCAUCCUUUUUUUUUUUUUUUUUACUUUCGUCCCCAGAAAAUUAAAGGAGAAGGCUGCCACAGAAGUGUGUCCCCCGUCACCCGAGACACUAAAGAAUGGCAUUACAUCGCACACACUUCUGGUAAUUCUCCACUGAUCUCACACACGCAGCCUGUGAGGCAAACUAACGCCACACCAAGGAUGGAUUCUCCGCCGGAGUGUGUGUUGUCUCUGUCCCGUGAGCCGGCCCAGUCUCCCCCCACGCUGCCGUCCCUGGACCACAGCCCCCGGGCGUCCUCUCCUCUCACGCAGCUCUCGCUGCCCGACAGCCCCGCCGCGCUGCCCCUUCACAGCCCCGCCCCCUCCCCCCAGAGCCCGGACGCCGCGCCUUACUUCCCCCUCUCUCUGUUCCCCCUCCUCGAGGACACCGGCGACGACCCCCUCGGGGAAGACGACGACGAGGAGGAGGAGGAGGAGGAGGAGGAGGAGGAAGGGCUGGAUGGAGUCCCUCCGUCCCCGACCCCGGCGGUGGCUCUGUUCCCGGGGGGAGGGGGACAAGAAGCCGGGCGCGGCCCCUGCCGGGACUCCUCGCCGCCCGCCACGCCGCUCCUCGGGUUCGGGGUCCUGGAACUGGCCCUCUCGUCCGGGCAGAGCGGAAACUGCAACGAUGAGCUAGACCUGCAGCUGUUCCAGAAAGAUACCGUUACCAGGGUGAUACCUGGAGUGGGAGGGGCUUCCCCGGGGCCUGCACUCAGGUUCCCCUGCCAUGUAUGCGGAAAGAGAUUCAGAUUCCAAAGCAUUUUAUCUCUCCACGCCCGAGCUCACAGUCUGGACCGAGACCGCCGGGCCUCAGCCCUGUACCGGACUGGACCCCCUACGGCACCCCUAACGCAGAACCUCAAAGUCCAACAGAACCGCAAAGACCUAGCCCAGAAUCACCGAAGUCACCUGAACCAGCGCAUACUGCCAGGGACACUCAUCCAGCAUCUUAGGGAAGAAGAAGAUGAUGUUGAGGUCAAAGGUCUAGAAGACGGCCUACAGACGGACCAGAACCCAAACUUCUUACUGGAUGACAGCACUCCAUUGACCCCUCCACUUACAGAAGAUCCGGUAUCCGUAACUCCCCCUUACUCUUUGACCACCGGGGAGGGCGGGUCUGCUUCUGCGGCGCCUGCGUUUCGCUGCCACGCCUGCAAAGGAAAAUUCCGCACGGCGUCGGAGCUGGCGCGGCACGUCCGUAUCCUCCACAACCCGUACAAGUGCACCCUUUGUCCCUUCUCCGCCAGCCAGGAAGAGAGCCUGGCAUCUCACUUGCAGGAGUUCCACCCUUCCCCCGAGGUACCUGCUCUGCCGCCGGCCUUCAAUUCCAGGCUGGUCAUUGCGACCCCUGACACCCCCGUGCCCACCCCGACCCACACCCCGGCCCCGAGUACCCCCCAGGUGACCGCUGCGUCCACGGCGGCUGCGUCGCCCACAUUGCCGGCAUUCCGCUGCGAGACCUGUGGACAGCGGUUCACGCAAUCCUGGUUCCUCAAGGGACACAUGCGAAAGCACAAGGACUCCCUGGACCACAAGUGCCAGGUGUGCGGCCGUGGCUUCAAAGAGCCGUGGUUCCUCAAGAACCACAUGAAGGUGCACCUCAACAAGCUCGGGCUGAAGGCCGGGCUGGGGACUCUCGGGGGACCGGCAGGUUCAGAGCAGCAGGGCAAAGGCUCCGCUACCAAUCAUUCUCUCAACGCCCUCUAUUCAAGCCUCCUGCUGGCCCAGCAACGAGGUGGUAGAGGUGGACAAGGAAGAUCAGAUAGGGAAGCUGGGGGAAGAAUGGGGAUGGGCUCGAGCAAGUCGGCCAUCCUGGGAUACCUCGGGUUGCCCAGCGACGGCGGCGGGGCAAGUUGCAUGGAGAGACUUCAAGCAGUGGCUCAGGUGGCAGAGAUGGGAAACGGCGGCGGCGGCUUCGGGGGCUCAGUAGUAGGGGACCCAGGAAGAGGAGGGGGAGCCGCCAGAGGAGGGGGCGCCGGUGAAACUCCUGCAUCCAUUCCGGAAGGAGGUGACCAGGCUACUUGGUGGCAGCUGGUGGCUCGCAGCCUGGCGGUAGCUCAGCAGCAGCAGCAGCAGCAGCAGCAGCAGAGGCCCCAACAGCGAGGCCAGCAGCGAGGCCAAGGGCGGAGCUCCGCCGUCACAGAGGCCGACCAGGUCAGGGCCUACCUCGGAGGCCUGGAACCAAGAGAAGAGUCAGGCGCAGCUGGGGGGCCGUGGGAAUGCCCCGACUGCGGAAAGCUAUUCCGCAGCUUGCAGCAGGUGGUGGUCCACGCUCGCGUUCACACUCAGAGGCCCCAGAAAGGAGGAGGAGGAGGCGGCGGCGGUGGCGGUGGCGGCGGCGGCGGCGAAGAGGAAGGGAGUGGAGGCCGUAGAAGAGCGGGACUCGGAAGAGGAGUAGGAGGAGUAGGAGGAGUAGGAGGAGGAGGAGGCGGCGGCGAAGCUAGACAGGAAUCUCAGCCCCACAGCGGUGAAUCCCAACAAGCGGGAGAAGGACGACAGGAAUCCAAACUGCACAGCGGCGGAGCACAACAAGCGGGGGCAGCCGCGGGGUUUCACUCCGUCACCCCCGGCUACAAAGGAGAAAAUGGGCUGACAGCAGUCUCCUCCAUACCUUCGGUUCCCAACAGGGAGCGAGUGCGCGGUAGAGGGAUAAAAGACUGCCCCUACUGUGGUAAAGCCUUCCGCUCUUCACACCAUCUCAAAGUGCACCUGAGAGUUCACACAGGCGAGAGACCCUACAAAUGUCCCCACUGCGACUACGCGGGUACCCAGUCGGGCUCGCUGAAGUACCACCUCCAGCGGCACCACAGGGAGCAACGCAACGCCUUGUCGGCCUCCUCCAUCUCCUCCCCCGGUGGCCUCGCCCCCGCCGCCAACAGCCUGACCUCUGGGAGCUCCGGGCUGGCCAAGCAGCGGCGGUCCCAGCCAAACCACUGCCCCGUCAACCGGGGCCCCGCCGACACCCCCGCCCCCCGGCCCGGCCAGCAGUCGGCCGGCAGCUGGCUCCUGGGGUUCCCGGACCAGCGGGAGCAUCGCAAGACUCUGGCGGCUCUGAGGGACGUCGACUUGGAGACCCAGUACAGGUACCUGUCCGGGGUGAUGGGGGCCCUUUACCAAGGCGGAAUGGAAGGAGGCUGGAUCAGGGAGUCUCCUCCGCCCAAGGCCCCCAAGGUGUCCCGCCGUAAGCCCCUGACUACCAGCCGCAUGGUUCAACCGCCGAGUGACAAGGAAGGGCCCGCGCCUUCGACUCAAGAAGGGGGAUUCGAACCCCUGGAUCUGUCUCGCCGCCCCUCGCCCGGCCUCGGAAGCGCGGAGGAGGAAGGCGCGGUGGGCUUCGGGGAGGGAGGAGGGGUCGGCGGCGGGGAUGGUUCGGCGGGGGUCAAUCUGAGCCAGUGUCUGUUCUGCCCUUUUCGCACGUCCUCAGCGGAGCUGAUGGCCAUGCACCUCCAGGUCAACCACACCAGCAAGUCCAGGCGCAAAAGAGCCCCUCCUGCCCCCCUGGAUAAUAAUAACGGAGCCCCGAGGGCCACCAAGCCCCGGGCGGAUCACUCCGAUCUCGACCCCGUGACGAUAUGGAGGCACGUCGCCGAGGCGGAUUCUCAGGCCCCCCUGAGGGAUUGGUCCUCAACGCAGGCCAAGGCCCUGAACGGGCUCUCCCAGGAUGCAGAGGACCGCCUGAACGACAUCCUCAACUACCCAGACGCGGCCUCCGCGUCCAAGACGGUCAGAGGCGGCCUGGGACUCAAGGGAAGGAUGGAGGGGGAAGAGGAGGAGCAGGACGAGGAGCUGGAAGAGAAUUUGGAGAACAGCAGCCUGGAGGAUUCAGAGGACCACGAUCUGAGGAUGUCCCUCGCUCUUUCCCCGGCCCUGAGCUCCAACCACGUGGUGAGAGAGGAGGAAAGGGUGUUCACAGAUUAAAAGGCCUGCCUUCGGUAAACACCGUUCAAAUCGAAAAGGUUGGAGUCAAGGAUUUUGAACAACAUUGGACACGGAAUUGAAGAAAUUGGACAAAGGAUUCUCAACCGCAGAGGGUUUGAAAAGAGAAAGAGAAACAUCCCAGUUGUUACUUUUCUUCCGACUAAAUGAACUUCCUGUACGCAAGAGCGUCUUUUCAGGAUUUUACGGGCCACUCCUUCCUCGGUUUCCUUUUUUUUUUCUUCGUUCGGGCGUCGCUUCGAGAUGAUUUUUAAGGUGAUCUCCCACGUAAUGAAUCAAAGGAACAGAUUCAAGGCAUUUAUUUCACACGUUUAUUCCAGAGUACUACACUAACCCAGCUGAAGGCCGCUGUGAAGAGACACUCCCCCGACGGACCGCUGAACGCUUUGAAACCCCCGAGCUCCUCCUCCUCCUCCUCCUCCUCCUCCUCCAACCCACACAAACGUGGAGGACAGUUGGAGUCGUUUCGGAGCCGUGGACCUCGGCUAAGCUUUCGGGUAUUAAUUUAAAGAGGCGUGAGGCGGGGCGCCUGCUUUCCCUCAACUACGUACCACUGCCUUGUUUGUCUGAAAAGUGUUUCUGCACCAAUCGUCCUAACGAAAAAAAACAGAAAGAGGUGUUUGUAACAUUUGUUCUCUUCAGUUAGUGCCUGUUCAUGUGCGUUUUUUUUCGAGCCUCCGGUGCGUCCGAGAGGUCAUUCAUUUUAUCCGAGUAUACAGUUUAAAACAAUUUAAGUACAGUAUAUUUGUUAAAAGUGGUUCUAGGGUGUUGUGAAUAGUUAAGUUGUAAAAGAAAAAGAGCCGGCGACGUGGACAUACGCCCAGGGGUCAGAGUUGAAAAAUUCAGUGUUUACAAUGGCGCCGAAUGUGGGUCGGGUUGCCAAUGGCAACGUAAAAAAAACAACAACAAAAAAAAGAACAAAACUCAAAGUGUGCCCGAGACCCCGGACUGAAUCACCCGACACCCCCCCCCUUUUUCAGAAGAGACAAAAAGAAGACGGGUCCCGGGGACCAAGCGGUCCCCUGGGGGGGGGGGGGGG